CGCCCGCUAUAUAAACAUAGAUCUCUUGCUCCCUUGCUUUCUCCCUUCCCUGGCCUUCCUUGUUGACCAGUUGUUGUGAGAUUCACUCCACCCCUCUCUCCGUUUCUACACCGCCAGCUACCAGCAGCCGCUGUGCGAUUAACAGCCAGUGUAUGCACUACACCAGCAGGCGCGCGGCAUGGCGGAGUGCGAGCGCGGCGGCGGCGGCGGCGGCGGCCGGUCCCCGUCCUCGUCCAUGGACAGCAGCACCCACCCGGUGCUCUCCACGACGUCGUCGGGCUGCCGGCCGGCGGGCCGCCGGGACCUCAGCACCGACCUCCAGCUAGGGCUCAGCCUGUCGCCGGCGUCCUCCUCCCUCCUGGCCGCGGAGACCACGGCCAUCCCUUCUACGCCAAGGAACCAAGUACACCGUGAUUGGCCACCGAUCAAGCCGUUCCUCAGAAGCGCCUUGAUGGCGUCAGCACGCCGGCGGCGGACAUUGUUCGUGAAGGUGUACAUGGAAGGCGUUCCAAUCGGCCGGAAGCUGGACUUGCUCUUGCUGGAAGGGUACGACAGCCUCCUCGCCAAACUCCGCCACAUGUUCAAGACUCCCAUCACCUAUGCUGAUGUUAUGGAGUACCAUCAACGAAUUCCUCGCGAGAAGGCUGCACAUAUCCUCACCUAUGAAGACCAGGAUGGAGACUGGAUGAUGGUUGGCGAUGUACCUUGGGAGCUCUUCCUUGCAAGUGUGAAGAAACUGAGGAUUGCAAGAACAGAUAAAUGCUAGUGGCAAACUUAUCCAAGCGGCGGACUUUAUAUUUCUUUCUUCUUUUUAUAUAGGUUCAUUGAGAAAGAUUUUGCUGAACAGAGCGGGAAUGUGAAGCUGAGGCUAUACUAACUGUGUACAGUAUACUUAAGAAAAUCAAACCUCGCUACCUCCCUAGAAAAUAUCAAAGUUCUGUCUUUUGUAUGUUCGUUUUCUGUUUCUUUGACCUGUAAAUACCAUGGUUAUUUGUUGAAGAGCAGAGAAUUUGUAUGCCAAAUAUUAUAAUCCAAGAUAUAUAUUUUCUUGCAAGCAUGGAAAACGGAGUA